CUCGAGGGUGUUUGUGGGCGGACAACAGUUGGGAGACACAUUAGCUUGUCCAUCUCCCACCUCUGAACUGUUCGCGGAAGCGGGAAUACAUCGCCCAAAUUCUUGUCUGCUUCGUCUUUCUCCCACAAGAUGGAGAAUAUUCAGACACACCCUUCGAACGCGGCGCAAGCCAAGGCCUUCACUGCGCCUGGCUCGCUGUCGUUCCCAGGCGGCGCAAACGAGAUCGCGAAUCCUUCUGCGCAAGGCAACGGACAGGCGACCAACGGCGUUCAGCAGCAGGGCGUCCAAGCCACGAACGGUUCUGGGGUGACUCCCGCGACCCCCGCUGCGACGCCUGGAGCUGGCCAUACUGGGCCGAGUGGCAUAACCCCCACGCUCCAGAACAUUGUCGCGACGGUCAAUCUGGACUGCCGUCUUGACCUGAAGACGAUCGCGCUUCAUGCCCGCAAUGCGGAGUACAACCCCAAGCGCUUUGCUGCCGUCAUCAUGCGCAUUCGCGAACCGAAGACCACUGCGCUCAUCUUCGCGAGCGGCAAGAUGGUUGUGACCGGUGCCAAGUCAGAGGAUGACUCAAAGCUUGCGUCACGCAAGUAUGCGCGUAUCAUCCAGAAGCUCGGCUUCAACGCGAAGUUCACCGACUUCAAGAUUCAGAACAUCGUUGGCUCUUGCGACAUCAAGUUUCCGAUUCGUCUGGAGGGUCUCGCGUCGAAGCAUCAUAACUUCAGUUCUUACGAGCCCGAACUGUUCCCCGGUCUCAUCUAUCGCAUGAUCAAGCCCAAGAUUGUCUUGCUCAUUUUCGUAAGCGGCAAGAUAGUGCUCACCGGUGCCAAAGUGCGCGAGGAGAUUUACCAGGCAUUCGAGAUGAUCUACCCUGUGCUGCAAGACUUCCGCAAGGUCUAAGCACGAACAACUUGCCCGGACAGCACGUGGAGGGUGUUACGCCAUACACCCGUCAUGGCCUCCCAACCAAACUUUAUUACCGGUUUACGUCCUCCCACGACCUGUUGAUGAUCUGUC